AUGCUAGCUUUAAAAUCCUCUGGCAUGGAGCUACGAAAAUGGGCUAGUAAUGACCAGGAUCUGAUGGCAACGAUACCUCUCGAGCAUCGAUGCAAGCAGACAUCCCUCAGUUGGGACAAUGCGGACACCAUCAAAACACUGGCAAAGAUUAUAUUGAAAGAAAUCACACUAGCGAAGCAAUAUCGCGAGGACGGAUCGAGUACAUCACUGGAUUGGGAUGAGCCAGUUCCCAACACCAUUGCCGUCAAAUGGCAACAAUUUCGACAGCAACUAAUGAAGGUUAAGACGAUCAAAAUACCACGCAGCGUCAAAUUUACGCCACUAUUUAGUAGUGAGAUACAACUGCACACCUUUUGCGAUGGAUCCUCCAGUGCUUACGCAGCAGCAGUGUAUGCACGCACCCAACAGUCUGAUGGGACUUUCUAUACAACGCUCAUCGUCGCAAAAUCAAAAAUUUCGCCAACCAAGCCGUUAACAAUACCGCGCACUGAGCUAUGCGGUGCAGUAUUAGCUACCAAACUCACCAAAUGGGUGCUGGAGAAUAACCGAUGGACCAAUGCACAUAUAUCUACCUUUUACUGGACCGAUGCUACCAUUGUUCUGCACUGGAUUAAAGGAGACAUUACUAGGUGGAAAACGUUUGUAGCCAACCGAGUGUCUUACAUUCUCGACCACACCUCAGCGGCUCAGUGGCACCACAUAGACACAUCGGAAAACCCAGCAGAUUGCGCAACCAGAGGCUUACCACCGAGCCAAAUACCUGAUAUUUGGUGGCAUGGCCCAUCCUGGCUAUGCAAACCACACAAUAUUUGGCCAAACACGCAAUCACAAUUGCUCAAUCCAGAAGAACGGGAUCUGGAGGCCAAAUCCAUAAAAAUUAGAGCCUUCACUACCUUGUCAGACACAAAGGAUUCUAUUAUUGACCGAUUCUCGUCGUAUACAAAACUGCUACGUGUCACGGCAUACAUGUUACGAUUCUGCCACAAUGCUCAUGCUCGAGCACAACGAAGUCACGGAUCACUCUCUCCUGACGAGCUGGAUGAGGCCCUGUGCUGCAUAGCUCGCCUUGCACAAUCCGAUACAUUUCACGCCGACAUCCAAGCGCUUAAAAGGAACAAGCCGUUACCACCCCGUAGCACACUUUCAAAUCUUACACCGUUUCUUGACAACAAUAUCUUGAGGAUUCGUGGCCAUUUGGUAAUUCAACACUCUCAUCAGCUCACUCUACAUGGCGGCGCUCAAUUAACACUGGCUCACAUACGCUACAAAUUCUGGAUUCCCAGAGGCAGACAAGCAGUCAGGCGAAUCAUCCGGAAAUGCGUCACAUGUUUUAAGGAGUUGACUACACUGGUGCGAUUGAACUUCAAGCCGCGCGUGUACGAGGAUCAACCACCUACAAAGGCUAUGUAG